CGCAAGCCCCACGCUCCAGAACCCACUCGGACCUCUCUCUCUCUCGUGCAGUCCUCAGAACCCAACCCCUGCCCUGCUUCCUCUGAUCCGGGCGCAAAGUCCGUGCUGGCCCCAGGCCUGCCCGCGAACCACUGGGUAGCUGAGCGCGUCCGGCCGCCGCCUCCGCGCAGCGCGGGACUGCAGCGCUGGGUCCCACCGGGCCCCGCACUCUCGCUCCCCCGGCGUGCGCAGCGCUUGCAGGUGGCUUAGGGCGACGGAGGCGGGAGGGGGGUGGCCGAGUCGCAGCGCCGUGCGCGGGUGUCAUUGCGGGGAGCGCGCACAACGGGUAUGCAAGGACCUCCUCGGAGCUGGGCUCCGUGUCCCCACGAAAGAGUUUCCCCAUUGGAGUGUCCGAGCUGCGGUACAGACUGGCCCUUCAAAUUGGCACAAGCUGUAUCCCAUCGCCCAGGGAGACCGCCAGUCACCCAUCAAUAUCAUAUCCAGCCAGGCAGUGUACUCACCCAGCCUACAGCCACUGGAGCUUUUCUAUGAAGCCUGCAUGUCCCUCAGCAUCACCAACAAUGGCCACUCUGUUCAGGUGGACUUCAAUGACAGUGAUGACAGAACCGUGGUUGCCGGGGGCCCUCUGGAAGGGCCCUAUCGUCUCAAGCAGCUCCACUUCCACUGGGGCAAGAAGCGAGAUGUGGGCUCAGAGCACACAGUGGAUGGCAAGUCCUUCCCCAGCGAGCUUCAUCUGGUUCACUGGAAUGCCAAGAAGUACAGCACUUUUGGGGAGGCGGCUGCAGCCCCUGAUGGCCUGGCUGUGGUUGGCAUCUUCCUGGAGACAGGAGACGAGCACCCGAGCAUGAACCGCCUGACAGAUGCACUCUACAUGGUUCGGUUUAAGGACACCAAAGCCCAGUUCAGCUGCUUCAACCCCAAGUGCCUGCUGCCCACCAGCCGGCACUACUGGACCUAUCCUGGCUCCCUAACCACACCCCCACUCAGCGAAAGUGUCACUUGGAUUGUGCUCCGAGAGCCUAUCAGAAUCUCUGAGAGGCAGAUGGAGAAAUUUCGGAGCCUGCUUUUCACCUCAGAGGACGAUGAGAGGAUUCACAUGGUGAACAACUUCCGGCCACCACAGCCGCUGAAGGGCCGAGUGGUUAAAGCAUCCUUCCAGUCCUGAAUUUCCCACCCACCCAUCCAGGGCACCAUCCUCUCAAGGGCUUCCAUGUCAGCAGACACCAAACCAUCUGAGGCUCGCUCCCGAGGGGUGGAGGGUGCUACAGGCCCUCCUUCAGCUGGCUUGCUCCUUGACCACAUUGAAGGGUUCUGAAUAGAACUCUUGAGUAGGGGGUAGCCUCCUGCUGCCCUGGGGGCUAGAAGAACAGGAACUGAGCAUAGCCCAAGCCUGGACUGCCUCUGUUCCCCCAGACCCAAAGGCCCUGAGAACUUCCUUUUGUCUUCCCUGUUGGCUGUAUCAGCAGCCCCAACUGGAGUUCACACUGUGAUGGCCAAGACACAGCUCCCCGGGGGGUAGGCAGCUGUCUCAGCCAUAAAGACUCAAGCAAUAAUUAGAGGUGGGCAGAGCUGCCCACUCUGCAUUACCUCUUCUUCAGGCCUCUGCCAUACAUGCACCUCACUGCCAGGCCAUUACUAUAGCACCCAGAUGCUGGAGGCGAUGUGGCCUCCUCCAGCCAUCUGCUGCCACGGGCAGGCCCUGGCUUUUGCUUAUAUACUAUCUCCCUUCGUUCCUACCCAGCCACCAAAGCCACCUACAUAACAAGCCACUCAUGUACUAGCAAAUAAAUUCAUUUAUUCAUGGAACAGA